AUGCAGAUCAAUAUUGACCAAGGGUCAGACAAAUGGAUCAUGCUUCAAUUUCCAAGUCAUGAUAGUCAAAAGCAUUUCGGUUUUCCCGGGAUACCAAGGCUUGUUAUUGGAUGGAGAGUCCCGCUGCCAGCCGAGGCAGGCGAAACAAUGCAACCCGAACUGUUCUUGAGCACGUUGCUAGACGUCUGGAUCCCAGAAGAUGAUAUUGAUCUUUUCCAGCAGUUUCUACAAACCCUCAGGGGCAGAUGGUACGAGCUAUGCAAUCUCGUUGAUGAGCGUUUUGUACAAUGUCGAUCCGAUCAACUUCAGGCAGAGGGUAGAAGUCCAGAGAUGAUGCGUCGAUUGGCAAAGGAUGCACAAAGACUAGCAAAUCUACGACUCGCCUUCCGGGGUCACCUUAAAACUUCCCGUGACUACAUCCUUGCCAAAGGAGCAAAUUCAAGACAUAGUGAUUCUGCUCGGGAGCUGUUACUUGAUCUCCAAGAUAAAAUUGGUGGUCGGCUUACUGACCUAGAAUCAACGAUCAAGGAGCUGUUGCAAAUUGAAUUCUCCUGGGCAGCGAUUACUGAAAGCAGAAUCUCAACAAAUCUGGGACAAAAUGUCAUGCUUCUUACAUAUGUAAGCAUUUUCUAUCUGCCUUUGGCAUUUUGCGCAGCACUUUGGGCCAUUCCGAAUCUGUCAGAACGUGCCACGUUGAAUUCCUUCAUCAUCACGUCAGUGGUUGUCGGGGUAGCUACCUUGCUCAUUGCGUUUCAUCUUGAGAACAUUGCGUCGCUAUUUCGAGGGAAAUAUUCUCAAUGGAGAGAAAAGGUCGUGGAGGACAUGCACAAGGAUGUGAGGUGGGAGACUAGGGCAGAUGAGCUGCAAAACUCUCUACAGACACGGAGUUCCCCGUCAGAGUGGCUCCUCGUGAUCUUUUUGCUUUCGCAAUUGAUACGCAAGCUUAAAGGGGAGAGAAACACUCAGAAAGGCCAGCCACAAAGCGUUUGA